AUGGCCGCGAUCAAUGUAUAUCAUACGAGCGUAACAACAGACAAUCUUAGUCGUAAUGAUAUUCUACAAUGGAUAAAUACAGCACUCGAUGCUAAUUACAUAAAAAUUGAAGAUCUUUGUACCGGUGCUGCAUAUUGUCAAUUUAUGGAAAUGAUGUUUCCAGGUGCUAUAGGUACACGUUCAAAACGGGUCAAAUGGAAUACAAAACUUGAGCAUGAAUUUAUUAAUAAUUUUAAAGUAUUACAAGAAUAUUUUAAAGCACUUUCCGUAGAAAAGAUUGUACCAGUCGAAAAAUUGGUAAAAGGAAAAUUUCAAGAUAAUUUUGAAUUCGUUCAAUGGUUUAAAAAAUUCUUUGAUGCUAACUAUACGGAUGCUCAUGAUUAUGACCCGGUAGCUGCUCGUGAUGGACAACCAUUGGGAAGUGGUGGAAAAGCACUCGGUCCAGGAGCAGGAGGUAGUUCUUCAGGUGCUCGUGUAGUACCUGCUGCUCGACCAGCACCACCAAAAGUUGUUCCUCAACCAAUAGCACGACCAACAACUACCACAAAACCUAUCCAACAACAACAACCAAAGAUUACACCAGUAGCUCAUCGAGUACCAGUACCAGCACCAGCACCAGCACCAGCACCUGUACACCAUGCAACUACUGUUAUUGGUAAUGGUCAUCAUCAAAAUGCACGAUUACAACAAGAAAUUGAUAAUUUACAAGAUCUUAUUCAACAACAUGCAGGACAAAUAGCUGGUUUAGAAAAAGAGCGGGAUUUCUAUUAUCAAAAAUUACGUGAUGUCGAAAUGAUUUGCCAAGAGCCAGACUAUGAAUCAUCACCAGCAGUACAAAAAGUUCUUGAAAUACUUUAUGCUACAGAAGAUGGUUUUGCACAACCUGAUCCUGAAAUUGGUAAUGGUGAUUUAGAUCAUGAAAAUGGCGUUAUUAUUGAUAAUGGUAAUGGUUCUAAUUCAGUCGGUCUUGAUGACGAGACAUAUUAA